GCGGCCAGGGCUAGUGGCCGGGGCAGGUGGCCGGGCGCGCACGCGGGCGCAGGCCACGAGAGUCGCACCAGGGACAGAUGAGCCUCCCGGAGCUGCAGGCUUGCGGCGGGGCCCCCACCUGCGGCGGGUGCCGCUGCCGCUGAGUCAAGGAGGAAAUCGUCUUGAACAGAAGUUUCUCGCGGGCGGCAGGGCUUUGUUCGCGCCAGCCGCGCUCCAGACACCUCGGGGAGGGGAGCGCGGGCGGAGUCGGCCCCGCGGGCCGAGCUACUGGGUGGGCGCGAGGGACUGGUCCCAGCCUGGGCGAUACGGGCCACGCCCCUGUCCCCGCCCCGCUACGCGAGGUCCCCGCGUCCGGCGCAGAGCCGGCACUGGAAGACCGGGCGCCCCUGGGUGCAGGCCGAGGCUGAGGGAGGAUGGAAACGAGGGGCCCACCCUCCGCACCCAGUGGGCACGCUUGGCUCCGGACGGGAAAACCUAGGCAGAUGCUGAGAUUUCCAACCCGGAGGAGCAAGCCUGGGCGGUGUGGAAUCCGGUGGAGAGAAGCCCAUCAGGCAGUGGGGUCCAGGCCCCAUCCCCCAUGUGGGUGCCUGGAGGCUCCUGCUGCCAAGAUCGGACCGCCGCUGGAAUUCCGCACCCACUCCCGCUGCCGCCGCUGUCAUGCCCUCGGAGAUGCCGCAGCACUCGAUGGGGGACAAGCACUUCGUCUCGAUGCCGCAGCUGGUCUUCCCCGGCCUCCCGUUGGCCACCAACAGCGAGUGUGACUGCACGCCCCCCAGCAGGCGGGCGUCCCUGGGCUCGCCCCUGAGCCAGCCGCUGUGCCAGCCGCUGCCUGAGAAGCGCGGGCCCCGGGCGGCCCGGGAGGUGCGCUACGUGGCCACGGGGCGGCCGGACCAGGCCUGCGGCUGGCGGGCCUUCGCGCCCACGUGCCUGCAGGCCUUCAACACGCCCCGGGGCUUCCUGCUGUUCCUGUGCGCGGCCUCCUUCCUGCAGGGCAUGACGGUGAACGGCUUCAUCAACACUGUGAUCACGUCCAUCGAGCGGCGCUACGACCUGCACAGCUACCAGAGCGGCCUCAUCGCCAGCUCCUACGACGUGGCCGCCUGCCUCUGCCUCACCUUCGUUAGCUACUUCGGAGGCCACGGCCACAAGCCUCGCUGGCUGGGCUGGGGCGUGCUGCUCAUGGGCGCCGGCUCGCUGGUCUUCUCACUGCCCCACUUCACCACCGGCCCCUACGAGGCGCAGGUGGACGAGGCCGUCGGAACAUGCCGGGCCAACCGCAGCGCGACCUGCGGGGGCCGCGCCUCUGGCCUGUCCAGCUACCAGCUGGUCUUCAUGCUGGGCCAGUUCCUGCACGGCAUGGGCGCCACCCCGCUCUACACGCUGGGCGUCACCUACCUGGACGAGAAUGUCAAGUCCAGCUACUCGCCUGUCUACAUCGCCAUCUUCUACACCGCGGCCAUCCUCGGCCCCGCAGCCGGCUACCUGGUCGGAGGUGCCCUGCUGAAUAUUUACACCGAAAUAGGCCACCGGACGGAGCUGACCACCGAGAGCCCGCUGUGGGUCGGCGCCUGGUGGGUGGGCUUCCUGGGCACUGGAGCUGCCGCCUUCCUCAUCGCCGUGCCCAUCCUCGGCUACCCGCGGCAGCUGCCAGGCUCCCAGCGCUACGUGGUCAUGAGAGCAUCUGAAACACACCAGUUAGACAGCAGCCACAGGGUGACCAGCAACCCUGACUUCGGGAAAACCAUCAGAGACCUGCCUCUCUCUAUCUGGCUCCUCCUGAAGAACCCCACGUUCAUCCUGCUCUGCCUGGCCGGGGCCACAGAGGCCACGCUCAUCGCUGGCAUGUCCACGUUUGGCCCCAAGUUCCUCGAGUCCCAGUUCAGCCUCAGUGCCUCGGAAGCUGCCACCUUGUUUGGGUACCUGGUGGUGCCGGCAGGUGGCGGAGGCACGUUCCUGGGGGGCUUCUUUGUGAACAAGUGCAAGCUCCGAGGCUCAGGCAUCUUCAAGUUCUGCCUGCUCUGCACCCUGGUCAGCAUGCUGGCCUUCUUCGUCUUCUUCAUGCACUGCCCCAACGUGCCCAUGGCGGGCGUGACCGCCAGCUACAACGGGAGCCUCCUGCCCGAAGGCCACCUGGGGCUGACAGCUGCCUGCAACGCCGCCUGCGGCUGCCAGCCGGAGCACUACAGCCCCGUGUGUGGCCCCGACGGCCUCAUGUACUACUCGCCCUGCCACGCGGGGUGCCCGGAGGCGGCCUCGCCUGGCCCCGGUGGCCAGAAGGUGUACCGAGACUGUAGCUGUGUCCCUCAGAAUUUUUCCUCUGGUUUUGGCCAUGCUACCGCAGGGAAAUGCACUUCAACUUGUCAGAGAAAGCCCCUCCUUCUGGUUUUCAUAUUCGUUGUAAUUAUCUUUACCUUCCUCAGCAGCAUUCCUGCACUAACGGCAACUUUACGGUGUGUCUGCGACCGGCAGCGAUCCUUCGCACUAGGGAUCCAGUGGAUCGUGGUUAGAACUCUAGGGGGCAUCCCGGGCCCCAUCGCCUUCGGCUGGGUGAUCGACAAGGCAUGCCUGCUCUGGCAGAACCAGUGCGGCCAGCGGGGCUCCUGCUUCGUGUACCAGAACUCGGCCAUGAGCCAGUACCUGCUUAUCGCAGGGCUGGCGUACAAGGGUCCCUCGGCCAGAGCAGCAGGCUGGACCCCGGGACGGCUGUCUGCCCAGAUAGUCCCCCCGCGGCCUCGGCACUGGGGUCCUGGGCUUCAUCUUCUUCACCACUGCCUGCUUCCUGUACAAGCCCCUGUCGGGGUCUUCAGACGGCCUGGAGGCUUCUCUGCCCAGCCAGUCCUCAGCCUCCGACAACCCCACGGACCUUCAGGAAGCCCCCUCAGCCCUCCAGAUCCAGAGCGACAUCUGACGGCCCACCCACCUGCCCAGGGGCACGGGCCUGCCACGGCAUGUCCCAGGAACACUGUCUAAUUUCUCCCCGGAAAGGGUGACCCCUCCCCAAUUGAUACCCAGCACUGAGGACCCUGCAAAAAUCUGCCACUGGGUCUGGGGGGACUGAGCCUCAAAGGCACCGAGGAGAAAGAAUGCAAGACGUCCGAAUGGACACCCCUGCCCCAGCCCCCCAGACCUCGCCAGAGGGAGUGGGGUGACCAGCUCUUGGCUCGGAAGGAGUGGCCCAUUUCCCGGCCGGAUGCAGGGCUGCCUCCCUCUGGUCCGCUCACACUCUGGCCCUCUCCCACGGACUUAGCCAAAUAGCAUCCCCUGGGGCCUCAGGAUCCCUCGGAAACACCAACAGCGGUGCUUCUGAAGCAACCUGUGCGAUUCCUACGUAACUCUGUCAGUAGUUACGAGAAGUGCGAAACCACCUGUGGACUUCGGGGAGACACUUCCGGCAUCCCUUCAUCUCUCCUUUGAACGGCGGAUGUUUGGAGCGGUGGCCGCCCGGCGGUUUACUCUCUUCUCUCUGGAGACGUUAAGGCUGGUGAUGCUGGCGCUGUUGGAGCUGCUCCACGGAAGGGACAAAGCACCCGCCCCCGCAGGCGAGCUGGCGCUGGCGGUGCUUCUGCGCGGGUCCACCCCAUCCUGCGCGCGGCCUGGCCCUGACUUCCUGUGUUCCUCCUGAUGCAGAGGAGGCCGGUGGGCUGCCGUCCCCGGGGCAUAUCCACGUGGACCCCUCUCCUGCGUGUGUUCUAAUCCUGCUGUCACCUCCUUUCCUUGGGGCUGCACAGCCCUGCAGCAGGACGGCAGCAACUUGCAUAAGGAAACACUUAUUUAUAGAAUUUGUUUUUUACCUGAUGGUGUGCUAAGCACUUGUGAAUUCUACCCGGAGGGCGUCGGGACUGGCGUGGAACGUUUAUUGUUGGUGUCCUCAGUUAAAACUGUGGGUAUGUAAAUAUAUUUUAAUAUUUAAAGCA